AUGAACAGACAGGACGAGUUUGGGGAACGGGGCUUGACGGGCAAGAUCAUGUUUGUGCACAGAGACAACCCUUCCUGCCGGUCCGGUCCCGUCCUCAAUGCCAUCAUCUAUGUCCAUCCGCUGGUCAUCAUGUCUUGGGUCCUGUCGCCCGACGGCCUCAUCGAGGUCUUCAUGAUCGCGAGGCCGCCGGCCAGGGGCUCCUUCAUUGACGCCAAGUCGGUCUGCAUCCUGAAGGAGGCGCCUGUGUUCGUCGACAUAUACGACUCUGGCACGCCGCCGGCCCUGCAGGAGGCGAAAGCAAGGGCCAUGGAGACAUCUUGUGCGGACGGGGAGGAAGCUGGGACGUCCUCAAGCAACACGACAUUUAACAAGAAGGAUUUAUUUUUUGCUAAAACGGUUCUAAAAACAUUUGUUGUUACUGUGUUCCUUCUUAAUGCCUCGGGUGCCGCCUCAUCCCCCGAGAACAAGCACGGAGAACUAAGCGGACAAUGGGAUUUUUUCGUAUUUCACCAACUCAUCUUGAACCAAGCUGGUCGUCUUAGACUGCUUUUGAUACUUCUUCCUGUGCGAUAA